AUGGCUGUGGUGGCGGCACCCACUUGGCGAGACACCACACUGGUUAACCCCAUACCGACUAGUCUGAACACUUUGCCCAACGGUCUGAACCCUUUAACACCUUCUGGUAAUUUAAAUCCGCUGCCGCCGACGAAUAUUAACCCCAUUACGCUUGAGAAUCCGGAUGUUUCGCUUAUCAAUCGACAGACACCAUCUCAGAACUCGCAAAAUAGCGCCAAUAGUGUUGAUAAGAACCAAAACAUUGAGUGCGUGGUGUGCGGGGAUAAAAGUUCCGGUAAACACUAUGGACAAUUCACGUGCGAAGGUUGCAAGUCAUUUUUUAAGAGGAGUGUUCGAAGGAAUUUGACUUAUUCAUGUCGGGGAAAUCGAAAUUGCCCCAUCGAUCAGCACCAUAGAAAUCAGUGUCAAUAUUGUCGAUUAAAAAAAUGUAUGAAAAUGGGCAUGAGAAGGGAAGCCGUCCAAAGAGGAAGGGUACCGCCGACUCAACCAUCGCUUCCCGGAUUGCCCAAUCAAUUUCUCAACUCGACGGACUCGAUGCAGAUCAGCAACCACACGUACCUUAGUAGUUACAUAUCAUUGUUGUUAAGGGCAGAACCUUAUGCAACCAGUCGUUACGGGCAAUGUCUACAGACGAACAAUAUUAUGGGUAUAGACAAUAUUUGUGAAUUAGCCGCUAGAUUACUGUUCUCUGCCGUCGAAUGGGCGAGGAAUAUACCGUUUUUUCCCGAUCUCCAAGUCACAGACCAGGUGGCACUACUUAGAUUAGUUUGGUCCGAAUUGUUUGUGCUAAACGCGAGUCAGUGUUCCAUGCCACUACAUGUGGCACCCUUAAUUGCCGCUGCCGGCCUUCAUGCGUCACCGAUGUGCGCCGACAGGGUGGUGCAAUUUAUGGAUCAUAUUAGGAUAUUUCAAGAACAAGUAGAAAAAUUAAAAGCAUUACACGUAGAUUCGGCGGAAUACUCCUGUUUGAAAGCCAUAGUACUAUUCACGACUGAUGCUUGUGGUUUAAGCGACGUUGCUCACAUCGAAUCGAUCCAAGAAAAAUCCCAAUGCGCAUUGGAAGAGUACUGCCGAUCUCAAUAUCCCAAUCAACCGACCAGAUUCGGUAAAUUGUUACUGCGUCUGCCAAGUUUGAGGACUGUCAGUUCGGCAGUGAUCGAACAAUUGUUUUUCGUUAGACUUGUCGGUAAAACGCCCAUCGAAACCCUGAUUAGAGAUAUGCUUUUGUCUGGUAGUUCAUUUUCGUGGCCGUACAUGUGA